AUGUCCUCCUCCGACAGCGACACGCCCCUCGUCAAGGGCAAGACCAACGGCUCCGCCUCUGCCGACACCAUACCCAAGAGCGUAGACAACGCCAUGGACAAAGAAGUGCCCUCAUCAAACGGCCAGAACGGUCAACUCGAGGUUGACAUUUCGAUACGCAAUGGCCCUGUCAGGGAAAUGGAUAUUGACGAGCCUGGCACGAAUGGUCUCGCCAACGGGAAGCGCAAGCAGCGCGCAAGCAUCAACGGAAAAAGCUACAAGGAGGCCACGAGCUCGGACGAGGACGAUAAGCCACUGAGUAAGCGGCGUAAGACCUCGUCACCCAAGGCGACUUCUGCUUCGGAUUCCGAGUUGAGCGAUAUUCCCUUGGCGAAGAAGUCGAUUAGGCAGCAACUACCCCCAAAGAUCAAGCCGGCGGAUGUCGGCGAGUCUUCCGAUUCUGAUGUCCCUCUCGGGAGAAAGCUUGCAAAUGAAAAGAAGCACAUCGAGCAGGCCGCCGAGAAGGAAGCCAAGGCCAUCCGCGCAGCGGAAAAGAAGGCUCCCGCCAAGAGGAAACCUCAGAAGGUGGAAAGUGAGAGUGAUGACGAUAUCCCUCUGUCGAAAAAGAAGAAGCCGGUUGCCAGAAAGGCCAACGGGGUCAAGAAGGAGGAGUCUGACGACGACGUACCUCUCAGCAAGAAAGCCGCUCCUGCCAAGAGAGCCAAGGCGAAGGUGGAAGAGCCCAAGAAAGUCACCAAGGGCAAGGCAGCUGCAAAGAAGGAGACGGAAGACGAUGAAGAGGCUGAGGCUGAGGAAGAAGAGUACAAAUGGUGGGAGGAUCCGACCAAGGGCGACAACUCCAUCAAGUGGACGACGCUGGAGCACAAUGGUGUCGUCUUCCCUCCCGAAUACGAGCCCCUCCCGGAGAACGUCAAGCUCAAGUACGAUGGAAUCCCUGUCAAACUACACAAGGACGCCGAGGAAGUCGCCACCUUCUUUGGAUCGAUGCUGAACUCGACGCACAACGUCGAGAACCCCACGUUCCAGAAGAACUUUUUCCACGACUUCAAAGAGGUAUUAGACAAAACCGGCCAUGCAAAGGGUCCGGACGGCAAAAAGAUCAAGAUCGACAAGUUUGAAAAGUGCGAUUUCAAGGACAUUUACGAGUACUACGCAGCACAACGCGAGGCCAAGAAAGCGCUUCCCGCAGCGGAGAAGAAGGCUUUGAAGGCAGCCAAGGACGAGGCUGAAGCGCCUUAUAUGUUUUGCCAAUGGGAUGGACGCAAGCAAAAGGUUGGCAACUUUCGUGUCGAACCACCCGGCUUAUUCCGUGGCCGUGGCGAGCACCCGAAGACGGGCAAGGUCAAGAAGAGGGUCAUGCCAGAACAGAUCACGAUCAACAUCGGCAAGGAAGCCCAGGUUCCUGCGCCGCCGCCUGGUCACAAAUGGAAGGAAGUCAAGCAUGACCAAACGGGUACCUGGCUCGCCAUGUGGCAAGAGAACAUCAACGGCGCCUACAAGUACGUCAUGCUCGCGGCGAACUCGGAUAUCAAGGGUCAGAGCGACUUCAAGAAGUUCGAAAAGGCGCGAGAGCUCAAGAAGCACAUUGAUCGCAUCCGGAAGGACUACACCCGCGACCUCAAGUCCGAAGUCAUGGCCGAUCGCCAGCGGGCCACGGCUGUUUAUCUCAUCGACAAAUUCGCCCUUCGUGCCGGCAAUGAGAAGGGAGAGGAUGAGGCAGAUACUGUUGGCUGCUGCUCGCUGAAGUACGAGAACAUCACGUUGAAGCCGCCGAAUACGGUAGUCUUCGAUUUCCUCGGAAAGGACAGUAUUCGCUUCUACGACGAGGUCGAGGUUGAGCCGCAGGUGUUCAAGAACUUGAAGAUUUUCAAGAAGGCACCCAAGAAGGAUGGCGACGAAGUCUUCGACAGACUGACAACCUCGGGUCUUAACAAAUAUCUCAGCAGUUACAUGCAGGGUUUGACGGCGAAGGUGUUCCGUACCUACAACGCCUCGUACACCAUGGCAAGGCUGCUCAGAGAGAUGAAGUCGACCGGAAGCAUCGCCGAGAAGGUCAAGGACUACAACGAAGCCAACCGGAAGGUUGCCAUCCUUUGCAACCACAAGAGAACUGUUGCUGCCACGCAUGGUGCUCAGAUUGAGAAGAUGCAGGAGAAGAUCAACGGUCUUCGCUAUCAGCAGUGGCGCGUCAAGCAAAUGAUGAUUGACCUCGACCCUAAGAUCAAAAAGAAGAAGGGAGCAGAGUACUUUGAGCUUCCCGAGGAUCUCACUCAAGAGUGGGUCGAGCAGCAUCAGCAGGGGCUUGUCGAGGAGCAGCGCGACAAGAUCAAGAAGAAGUUCGAGAAGGAAAACGAGAAGCGAGUGGCUGAGGGCGAAAAGGAGAUGAAGGCCAAGGAGCUUCAGGAGCGUCUUGAGGUUGCUGACGAUCUGGAGAAGAAGUUCAAGAAGGAAAACAAGACGAAGAAGAUUGAGGCCGAGGGCAAGGGGGUUACGGUGGAGAAGCUGGAGAACAAGGUCGAGCAGCUGCAGCAGCGCAUCGAGACGGCGAAGGUGCAGAUGGAGGACAAGGAUAACAACAAGGAAGUUGCGCUGGGCACGUCCAAGAUUAACUACAUCGACCCGCGCCUCACGGUGGUGUUCUCGAAGAAGUUCAACGUGCCGAUCGAGCGGUUCUUCUCCAAGACGCUGCGUGAGAAAUUCGACUGGGCGAUCAAGUCGGCCGGCGAGGACUGGGAGUUCUGA